UUCAGAGGUGAAUCUAGAUGCUUCCAAAAUAGGCAAGGCCAAACUCGGUGACCUGUUUUUCCGCCACCGAAAUAGCUCUAUAUUUUUCAGCCUUGCAAACCUCUGACAACCCCGUUCCUACCCAAAAACACAUGUUACCUCGAUCCACGAGAAGCCGAAAACAUGUCCCGCGAAGCAUACCAAGUCCCUACGGCAGUCCCUACUCCUGGUCGCGACUCCUUCCAGACCGGUAUCUCAGUCGAUGGUCCCGCCAUCAACUACUUAUGCGGUGACUGCAACGCCAAAGUUCCCUUGAAGAGAGGAGAUCCUAUUCGGUGCAAGGAGUGCGGCCACCGUGUGUUGUAUAAGGAGCGGACCAAGAGGUGAAAUGGUGCAGUUCGAGGCAAGAUGAUGGUAGGGGAGGUGGCAAUCCGAUGAUACGACUUGGGGCCCAAGCACGAAUAGAUAUGAUAGGAAAACGGGCAUAGAAGGGGCGUAAGGGGUCACUUUUCCGGG